GCUUCCUCGGUUCGGCAGGGGCGUCAGCGCAUUGAAGAGCCGUUCCCUCCAACUCGCGAUCUUCUUUGAAAAGCUCAAGAGACAGGUCCGUUCGAAGCCACUGAGGCGGGAGAGCCGAACGGAGGAAGGCGGCCACUGACUCCAUGGACUGCCAGGGUGGCAGACGAUAAAAGGGCAAGUGGAGACACGCGACACCGGCGCACUCGAGUCGGAGGCGCUUCUGCCGCGUUUUGCCAUCGCAAGUGAAUCCGACGGGGACCACGAUGUCCCCAUGCGCGCCGUUGUAGACCUCCUCGGUUGUCCACUCUGGGGCGUCGAAGGCGACUGUGUAGCCGUCGCUGUUGACACUUUCAGUAUGCACCAUGUUCUGGAGGCGACCUUCACACGAAGAGCUCAACAACACCCUUGACUCCUCCCUUUGUCCUUGCCUCUGGUCCACCCUUUUCGCCACUGCCUGUUCCGCGCUGUGUUCUUCUCCUGAGUUAUCUGUGUCCUGGUCUCUCCCUGCCCCGUCAGGUCUGACUCCUUCGCGUCUGCGGUUCCGGCGCUCGCCUAGCUCGCGCGCGGCCUCUCUGUUCUCCACGAUGACGCCCGUGUGUCUCGUCCACGAGAGGAAAUGCGAGGGACCGUCUACCUCGAUGGCGAGCGCGCGCUGCGAGGCCUUGUGGACCAGAAGAAGAUCUACAAAUGCACUGAGAGGCGGCGGCAGGAGGACCUCCUCAAACACCUCGACUUGCUCGAGGUCGAGGACUGCGUGGAGGGCCAAACUCGCGCGGCGUUGAAGCGCCGACUGGACAGGCAGCGUCGACAGCGGCCCGAGGAAUCGCCAGACUUCGAGAACUCGCGGCGAAAUGCCAAGAGAGGUUGCAACAGACACGCACGCAGCUUCCACAGCAUCCAGCGAAGGUGGCACCCCUGGAGUUUCAGACGACUCGGCAGACACAGGGACAGAAGAGACAUAGGGGCCAGAACGAGAAGAGGAGGAAAGAGCAGGAGGAGACAGAGAAUGCGGAGGAAAAAGAGCAGAAGGGCCCCUGGAAUGGUUCGCCGCCACGAGCGCCUUCCCGGUCAACGCCGCGGCGGAGGUCAACAGCACUGGAAACAGAGGGUUUCCCUCAGUGUAUCCAGCACGAGCGAAGGAGGCGAGAAGCAUUGGUACAGAGCGCUGGACGUCUGGAACAAGGGACGACAGAAUCGCAGGGACAGGCGCGCCAGCCUCGUGCUCCCUUUUGUAUCUCUCGGACUCGCUUUCAACCUGCUUCGGAGACACCCUGGAGGCUCCGCAAGGCCUGAGGCUAGACUCUCUGACACCGACAGAAACCACUGA